AUGACAGCUCGCUCGGCCAGGCUCUUCCGGGCUCCGCGACCGCCCCCGCACACCCCAGCUCCGCCGCCCUCGCCCUCCCUCUCCCUCUGCCCGGCUCACCUCAGCCCCGUCGCCGCACGCGCCUGGCCUCCGGGAGGUGUGUGCUUCCCCUUCCCGAGUGAGCGGAGGGCUGCGCUCCGCCCUCCUCCGCAGCCCACGCGGGCCGGCCGGCGGGGGUCGCCCGCUACCACGGCGCAGCGCGCGGGAUGCCCGGCGGGGACAGACCCACUGACCCCAGACCGGCACGGAGGGACGAGGAGGGGCGGGGCGAGCGCCGGCGACGCGUCACCGGCCGCGACGCCAGCGUCGACACGUCAGCACCUAGCCACCCUCGGCCACGCCCACCCAGGCCGUCUGCAGGCCUGCGGGCUUGGGAUGGGUGUGGAUAUCUGCACGUUUCCUGAGGUAGCUGGCUUGCUGCUCGGCUCCUUUCCUGUGGUGAGCUCCUUGUUCCUUCCCUCUGUCUCCAGCGGCCUCUUCUUCACCACCCCAAGCCCCUCUCAUCUCUGCAAACAGCGUAGAGAACGCAACCGUAAUGUGUCCUAAUACUUACCAGACCUCUGUUCUAUAGAAGCAGCCAGUAUUAAGCGAAUAUUGAUCAAUUGCAGACGCACUGGAAAUCCUGUAUUCUAGACUGAGUAUGGUAAGAAGGCCUCAAUCGCGGUAGAAUUAUUCCACGGAUUAAAAUAAUGGAGAUAAUAAAAUAAUGAAGAUAACUCAGCCGAAAAGAAUCAUAAAGUAUAAAUGGAACUUGAUAGGAUUCAAUAAAAGGAAAAGUUACUGGAUUGUGAACAUGGAAGACCCAUCCUGUGACUUGUCCAAGUAAUAAAUAUAAAAUAUAUGACAUAUUUUAAAAGACUUAAGAGGAAGAUAAAUGUGAACUAUCAACUUUUUAUUUUGUUUUGAAAUAAUCUUUUGUAUGUUAGGCCAAAUGAAAUAUAAUUAUUUCAUCUGUUUUCACUUUUUAAAAUGUAAAUCUAGAAAUAUAUUUUUACCCCUUUGUAUUCUCAAGAAAGUUUUCCAAAUGAUGACUGAAAAACAAUCUACUGAAUACUAAUCUGGAGGAGGAAUAAUGUCCGGAAAGUUUGUCACAAGCAAAGCAAAAAGUAAAUGUACUCUGAUAACUAGCAACUCA